UCCCUCCACCUAUAACUUGUGAAGUCGUACAUGCACAGUUUUAUACGUAUACAUGUUUCACUGGGCGGUGUAACCAGGGAACACUGAAACGGGGCAAAAGUAGUCGUCAAGGAGCGGAGAAACCGCAGUUCAGUACCCCGUACACACUCACGUUGAUAAGACCAUAUAUUCUAAUCACAUUACGAUUUUUUUCUCCUCCCAUUUGUUUCGUAAUUCGUCAGCAUCAAAAGUUGACGAGACUUUUGUAAAAAAAAACCUCGUCAUUCACGUGUGGUUCAACGGUGUUGUGGAUUGAAUAUUGAAGUACUUGAUUAAUUAUGAAAAUGACAUAAUCACCUACUUGAGUUGUGAGGGAAGAACAAUUGUAAUUUCUCACUUGGGAAUAUUACGACCACUCGUCAGUUUUUAUUGGUCGAUAAGGCACGUGUCAGUUUUUAAGUUCGCAAAUAGUGAUUUACUACGUUUUCAUGAGGUUGAUUUCGUAGUAUCAAUUGCCAGAUAUAGGUUCAGUGUUAUAUCGGACGAUUCCGUUGCCCCGGUAAUCUCAGUACGGACCUCUCAAUUUUGCAAUUGUGUAUUGAAGAAUCUGUGUUACCCUGUACAUUUAAUAAUUAUGUAUUUGGUGAAACUAGCGAGUGGAGAGAAUAACGUGGGUGUCUGUGAAACGAUGAAAAUACCGAGCUGAAGGGAUUAUGAUUGGAUAAAAUAAAUGUGUGUAAUAAUUCUAGUGAUACGGUAUAAGUUAUCAUUAGCAGAGGUAUCACUCGGCUCGCUGACGAAGAUUAUCAGUGGAAAAAUAUUGUGCAGAUAGAGAAAGAAUUCCGGAAAUAACAUCAGACGCGAGGAGCAAGGGGACAGGGAACGAGUCACAGAUUAGCCUUGCACUUGAGGAUAAAGAGAAAUCCAAAAAUAGUAUCAACGAAAUAGCUACAAAAGUUGGAUAAAUAGUAGGCGUCUUGACGAUAAUCAAUCUUCGGGUUCUGCAUAUCCUGAAGGGCCGCCCAAAACGUAGAUAAUUCCGAGGAGCAUCCCCGAAGGAACGUGAUCACAUGUAAUCCACAUGAAGUCGGAUGCUGGCAUAGUAUAACCGAGAGAAAAAUAUCUUGCGAAGAGCCGAUAGCAUGACGCGGCUGUGUAACCCAUGCAGAUCGGCAUUGAACUCGCCUCUCAACUGGAUCGAUCGAUUAUCAACCAGCUAAUGACGAUGCUAGCCCUAGAGCGUGAUGAUAUGGUUGAUGAUCAUCCCCGGUACCCUUCAACGACACAUAAAACUGAUGAUAAAAACUUGGUGGAUUUGGGGGUGGUGGUGGUGGCUCAUUGUCCUCCCUGAAUAUGCAGGUAUCAUUCACCAAUGCGAUUGAACCUGGGGCUGUAGUUGUUUGUAAUAGCAGCUCUCCUGAACUACUUCUUCUUGCCUCUGUCCACAACAUUGCCCUCCAAUAGCCAUCUCAAGUCAACUCAGCUCAUGCACUAUCUAUGUAUAUGUGUAUGUGUGUAUCUAUGUGUUUUAUGUACUAAUUCUACUGUAUUGGUUGUACGUGAGACAUUCGUGCGCGCGUCCAUGUGGCCCGACACGAGAGUCAACCGACCAAGUGGCCCGAACCGCGCCGGAGAAGAGGAGAACCGCGCGGCACUCGUUCAGUAGUUUCUCGGACGCCGCACCGGCAUCAUCCAAACUCCGAUGAACCGAGAGAGAAAGAAAAAGAUAAAUUCUGAUCAGUUGAAAACCUCAAGUGUCUGUCUCAGUGUCUACCCCAUUUGAUAUGAUUUUACAAUCGUAGGAUUUUGCAUCAAAUAUUUUCAUCGCACAACGAUCGCAAUUAUUUUCAGCGACAAUUCACCCGAUGCUAUCACUUAUGUUAAGGGUGGUUUAAAACUGUCACAUAGAUAUCACUUCAAUGACAUUAUAGUCGAUUGGUUCAAUGAUCUGUGUUAUCUUGUUGGCAUUUUCAACGACACGCGAGUGAAUUAUCAUUAGUGAAUGACAACAAGUGUUGUGAUGUUGUGAGUGAACAUGUGUGAACGCUGAAUGAGAAAAGGAUCGAACUACCACGUGAUCAUAGUCUGAUUGUUUGGAGGAAUAGUCAAACAAAAUCAUCAACAAUUGAUUGUAAAUAUUUUUUCGUCAUAUUUGAUUCAUAUUGAAUGCACUCAUACGGUAUAACACGUUCAGUGUAAAAUGCGAAGAGAGGAGCGAGGAAGAGGAAAGAAGAAGACCCGUUAAGGCGAAACAAGGGACGUGUCGGGACGGUUAUGUUCUUGCGAUUGAUAGAGGAAGAUCGGUUUUAAUGAAGUGAGAGGGACAAUAUCAAGUGCAGUAUCUGUUGGCUAGACAGGCGGUGGAUGUGCGAGGUCGUUGGAAGGUAACUGGUAGUCGAAGACGUGUGCACUGUGUUGUGCACCAGCCCCCUUCAUCUAUAUACAAUUGAAGCAUUGAAAAAGGUGGGAUAGUCACUCAGAAUGUACUUGUGGACUAGGAAGUCGUCAGUGCUGUUGGAACAGAACCACUCAUCAUAAUGAUCUGAUUAGAUUGAAAAUUAAUUCAUUAAACAGCUGAAAAUUCAUUAGAUUUUCUCAGAAACUUCAUCGGAGAUCGUUGAACAUACUGAGAAGAGUGAUAAAAUUUCCUCUAAUGGAAUAUCAGCUGGGAUCAUUCGCAGUGUUUCGGGUAUCCUAAGCGGAGUUCUCGCCUGUCUUCAUCAAAUUUAUUGUAUCAAUGAAAAUUUGUAAGUUGACAACCGGACAUCGCAAUAAUGCGAGAGCCGAGAAAAAGACGGAUUCGGUUGUUCAUCAGCCGACGGUGUUGGUCACUGUCAUUUUAUCCUGGAUGUUAUUGUAUUGCGGAAGGAGUAAUACGGAGAAAAAAUACUUCGCGAUUUCUCUUCAAUGAUAAUUGUUAAUAGCUGUCCAUAUCGCGAUGAUUUGCACAAUUAAAAAAUUGUAACUUUUCGGAGAAGUUGAUUGAAAGUGAUUAAUACAUAUAAAGAGAUAAAGAAGGAAAAAUAAAGAGUGUGGAUGAGAGCGUCAUGCCCGGUGAGAUCGAUACGGGCGGGCCAAGGGUGCUGCAUCGUAAUCCCAACUGUUCCAAAUCACUCUUCACUCAGGUGGAGGAUAACACGGUGCAGCCCGCUGAAUAUGAAAAUACUGGUAUCCAAUAUGGAACCACUUGCUGGUAUGGAUUAUCGCGAGAAUCCUGGCAAGUGCAGAAGAGAAAGAGAAGAGAAUGGAGACGCAAACGAUUGUCAGAUAAGUCGAUCGUUGCUAACGAGAGCAAUAAUCUCGAGGAGAGGCAUCAGGAAGUCAUGGAUUGCCUUCAUGACAGGGAGACAGAAGUAUCAGACAAUCGGCAGGAUCAUCAAGAUUCUGUUGAAUCACAGUGGAAUCCUCACUUUCGCCUGGGCCCAGUGGAUACGGCCCAGCGUGAAUCUCCAGAGUCUUCUGAGGAGUCUAGUCAAUGUUUUUCAUCAUCCAAUAAUCAUAGAUACAUGAGUAUCAGCUCAAAUGAACAAUUUAAUGAUCGAUACAGAGUGAUUAAUACGUGGUUUGUUAAUUCACGUGACAAUUCAUCGGAGUGUAAAUUUAAUUUUGAAAGGAGAAAGACUAAAUGGCCAUUGAAGAGGCAUUUUUAUCUCGAGUGUGUGCUAUUAUUGCUGCUUAUUGUGAUUGGACACACGAGGGUAGUGAAAACGAGUUUAAGGAUAGCUACUGUUGGUACGUUGUUCGGGGUAGUCGGAGGGGCUCCGAUUGACGUUGACGCUGGCAUUCGGGCCGAGAGGUCAGCCAAUUUGUCGCACAUCACUGGGGCAUCGAGAAAAAUACGAAUGUACAUUAAAAAUCGGCAUCUUCAAAUACUGCCAGAUGGUACUGUCAAUGGAUCCAACGACGAUACAUCGGAUUACACAAUAUUCCAAAGGACAUCAGUCUCUCGGGGGCAACUACGGAUCCAGGGCGUUGCUACUUGUCUGUAUCUCUGCAUGGAUUCCUGUGGUCUGCUCUACGGCUCCCACGAAUACACAGAGGAUUGUUUAUUCAACGAGACGCUGGAACAGCACAACUACAAUACCUACAGUUCAGUGAGAUGGUCAACACCCCGGAAGACCUUGUACUUAGGCUUGAAUCGACAUGGACAACCGAGGCGAGUACAAGCACGUGGACAUAACUUGGGUAGACUAUCGGCUUACGCAAGAGUACUGACUCAAGUAGCUCCACCAGAUCGUGUUGAGGCACUACAAAGUCGCAUGCUGGGUGCACAGCACGGUGUCCGUCAUCAUCAUAAUGCCCACCAUUACAGGCAUCUCCAGCAGGCAAUAUGUCCAACCCUUCCGCCGCAGGAAAAAGACGGUCGUGAUAGAUUCCGAUGUCGCAAACGAAAAAAACGAAAAAAAAGAAAGAGACGAUGUGAAGAAGAUGAACAACCUGGCCCUCAUUGUGAGGUUCACCGAGGAGAUGGUGGACAUCACGCAAAGGCGGAAGUAACAAGUGGAGGACCGCCAGCAUCCAAGCGUUCAUGCGAGGAUGCAGCUAGCGAUGAAUUUUGUCGCCGUCAGGCACUCGAUGCACCAUCAAAAAAGAGAAAAUCACGGAUAGAAGUUGACAGCAAAAAGGAAAACAACAAUCAACAGAGAAAAAAAGAAAUGAAGAAGAAGAUUGGAAAGAAAUCUACUUCAAUUGACGCUUCAGAAGACACGAGAUGGUCCAACUCAGCGGCUAUUGGUGCUAAACGUAAGGAACGGGUUCCAAAGCGGAAUAAUCACGGAAAAAAGAAAAUUCCAUACCGAUCAACUAGAACGACACUCCCCGUUCCGUUGAAUUAUUCCAGCCAAAGCUCCAUAUCCUGGGCGUCAACAUCUUCAACGAUUAUGGUGUCAAAUCAUCAAAAGCUGUCGACUUCCGCGAAAAAUGCUGUCACAGAUUCUGUGAAGAUGGAGAUGUCGAGAUUGGGUAAGGGGUUAAAUCCUGUGGGAGGGACGAAUUUGGAUCUAGGAACAACGACUUCAAUGGAUGAUUCUCAGGAGGACAGUCUGUUAUCGCCAUUUCAAGUCUCGGAGGAGCCAUUUGUGACAAGUUUCAGUGAUGACUUGUCGGCGGAUGUCAGUGGAGAAGAUGUUGAGAGCGAUGAACAAACCACGGUAGCUGUUGAUUAUAGCACUGUAAUGACUACUAUGGAUACUACCCCACCCGAACGAACUGAGGAUUACACCAAGGCCACAACCCCAACGAGCUUGGAAUCACUGAAGGGCAGUCGACGGCUGAUUGAUGGAGCCGAUGCCUCGGGAGUUCUGGCACGAUUCUCCAUUGGUAGACUCGCGAUGUAAAAACAAUUCUGAGAAAGCUUUUAUAUAAAGUGUAUAUAUGUAGUAAAAUUAAGUAUUAAGUAAUGAUACGACAAGUUGUAUGCAACGAAUCGAUUGACUUCCCGAGCGAGAAGAGUAUUUUGAUUCGAUUGGGAGAGGAAGAAUCUAGUAUUUUUUUUUUAGGGAGGUGUGAAAUCUGUUCUGGGAAAGUCUCACCAGAUUUUGAGAAAAUCAAGUCCGGGAUGAAUAAUCUAGUUGGCUUAUUUAUUGAAGAGUUAUUUAUUUGCGUAUGUUUCAUGGAAAAUAAAAUGUGUUCUUUGCGAUCGAUUGAUGUGAGAAUCACAACCGUCGAUCUUUCGUACCGGUUAAUCGUGAUCGCGCGCAGUUUCUUGGUGAGGACAAUUUUUUUGAGACAUUCAGGGAAUAGUUGAUUGUGCACCAAGGCAGGAAAACAGGACAUUCCAACUCGCACGAAUUGCGGUAAAUACCAGGGUUUUGAUGUCUUGUUUUCUUUUCUACGUACCCAUACUCCUUUAUGACAGAAGGCCCCAUAAUCCACGAUUCUAAUCAUCGUAUCGAAUUCGAAUCUCGCGCCGAAUUAUAUUAAAUAUUUAACGGGACAGUAAAAGUAUUAUUAGACGAAUGUGCUUAUAAUCCCUACUGUUGGCGGGGAUUAUAAAGUCGUAUUCAUCAAAUGAUCCUUUUAUCGCCUCAUAAUGUUAUACGCGGAGAGAAUUUUUUGAUAAAAAUUACUCUAUCGCUUCCAUAAAAGUAUAUCGUGAGUCAUCGUGACCUUAUUCUAUUCCGAAAUUUGGUAAAAAUUAAUGUAUGAUGAUCAAAUUUUAUCUCUCUGUUCUGCAACCGUUGAUCUUAAAACCGUGCACAGGUAUUGGUUAACCAGAUGACUGACACAAAAGCAUCACCUGCCUGAACCAAAUUACUGAAUCCGUCUUCCUCAACAGUCGCCGUCCAGAUGGAAUAUGACGGUCACAUCAAAAUUGCGUCACAAAUGGCCGAUAAUAGGAUAAAAUUAAGAAGUGGUGAUAAAAUCUUGGCAAUUGCUUAACAUUCUCACUGCUAUUUAGAUAAAAGGUGAUGAUCACAUCGAAUCUAUGGCGCAACGUAUGUCAUAAAAUUGAGAAGUCCGAGUGACUCGAGCUAUUCAAAGGGUUAAAUUUUUUUCUCGAUAGAUUGAUAAUUUCACGAAAGAAAUGGCGCACUGCCUACUUGUUCAUUAAUAGCCAUUGACCGUUCCCUGAACAUUAUAGUCAUUUUUUAAAAAUCACUCCCGAAGUCUACUAAGAAAAUCAAAUUAUUUUGAGCAAAAUAUUUGAGGUUUUUGGGGUAUCACUGCCAUGUCACAAAAAUUAUGCUCAACUCGAGUCUCGAUUCAAAUCAGUUAUAAAGAAGGCCAAUUGAAGAUGUCAAUCAUGUGAACAAAUUCUUUUUCAUUAUCAAUUCCUCCAGUUGAUCACUCAAGACAGUAUUAAUGUUGACGGUACGUAUUCCAAUUUUACAACGGAAAGUAAACGAAUAAACACUAUUGUUAACCAUAAAAAUUUGAGAAAUGCAAACACAACCAUUAAUGAUUUUUCCUAUUGAAUGCUGAGAGAAUUGUGGCCGUAUUAGAUUAAAUGCGCGCGUGAAUGAUUAUUGUAUGUUGAAAAUUGAUAAAGUGAAAAAGUCGACAAUAAUGCGGACUGAUUGAUAAAAGCAAGCAAUCUCGCAUACUGCCAUUAAAUGAAGCAACAAAUACUGUAUUUAAUCUCAUAGACUGAUGAACAAAAAAAACUAAGGAUAGGCAAAUAUUUAAUUAGAAAUUCGGCGUGUCAAAAAUGAAGAUGUAAUCUUUUUUGUAAUUGUAAAUUCAUCAGCCAGUUUGGUUGAUUUUACUCAUUCUUUGUUUCCGUACCAAAAUAUUCACCAUCACGGUUACCCUUGUGAUAAUAAUUUCAAGAUAAAAAUAGCAUUUUCGAGCAAUGCCUCCCCUGGAAAAAUGAAGCGAGAAAGGAGCCUUUAUGUUAUUAAUAAAGUUUCAUUUUAAAUCAAUUCCGCUAAUAUCUGUUUACGUUAUUUUGCACCCUAUCCA